CAUAUUAUAGAAGAAAAAGGAAAAAGCUUCUCCAGUUUCACGCUCGCCGUUCUGCCUAAUAACUGGAAUAAAUUUCAGCAAGCUGAAUCGCCAAUUCUCAGAACAGUUGAGUUAGGGUUACUGAGUCAAGCAAUGGCCGAUUUUCAAACCUCGACUCACAGAGUCAAGUGGAUCUUCACUCCUCAACAGCUGGUAGAGAAGCACAAAGCUACUAAUCAAAGAGCCAAACAAAUGUUGGAGAAAUAUGGCACAACAAGAAUGGAGGUAGAUGUUGAUGGGUCAAUAUCAUAUCCUGAACCUCAAGUGAACACUGGAGACAAUGCUGAUAAACAUUCUCGUCCAAAGUCAUUGAGUGUUGACGAAGAACAAUUUAUGCGAGUAUACUAUGAAUUUAAACUUCGAGAAGUUUGCAGCGCAUUCUAUUUUCCCCAUAAAAUUCAGGCUACGGCACUCAUAUACUUUAAAAGAUUUUACCUUCAAUGGUCGGUCAUGGAGCAUGAUCCAAAACACAUAAUGUUAACCUGUAUAUAUGCAGCAUGUAAGAUUGAAGAAAAUCAUGUAUCUGCAGAGGAGCUUGGUAAGGGGAUUUCUCAGGAUCAUCAAAUGAUUCUCAAUUACGAGAUGAUUGUUCUUCAGAGUUUGGACUUUGAUCUUAUUGUAUAUGCUCCAUACCGUUCAGUUGAAGGUUUUAUCAAUGAUAUGGAGGACUUCUGCCAUGCAACGGAUGAUCAGACUCAAAUGUUGAAGGAUUUGCAAGUAAGUGCAGUAGCAGAAGUUGACAAAAUCAUGUUUACUGAUGCACCAUUGCUUUUUCCUCCGGGGCAGUUAGCAUUGGCUGCUUUACGAAGUGCAAAUGGGAUGCAUCGUGUGCUUGAUUUUGAAAGAUACCUAAGGGACAUUCUCUCUCGUCAGAAUUUGGUGCAUACAAUUUCAAAUCUCACUGAAUCUCUAGAUGCAAUAGAUUCUUGGGUAAAGAAGUACAAAUUCCCUACAGAAAAGGAUAUGAAGCACAUUAAUAGGAAGCUGAAGUCUUGUUGGGGUCAUAGCUCGCACGACGAGUACUUUUUAUAUGCUUGCUUAUUUUCAAACAAUUAUUGGCCCUAUAGAGUCUUUGCAUUGUUUGUCCUAACUAACACCAGUUUUUAUUGCUUGGCAACAGAAAGAAUCGGGAGAAGAAAUCAAAACACAAGUCCCAUAAGAGUUCAAAUGAAAUGCAAAAUGGCCCGUCCAUGUAGUUGUAAAUGGAACCUUCAUUCUUUUGCUGGUUAAAAUAGGAAUCUUCUUGGCCAAAAAGAAAUAUUAUGUAUCCAUGGAUCUUUGGAUAGUAGAGGGAAAAAAACCUGUAUUUUGCCACCAUAGAGUACGAGAUGCGGAAUCACACUAAUCAUUGAGAUGCAUUUUCAAAUUGUAAGGAAAAUAUUGCUGUCGGAAUGGAGUAAUUUGUUCA